AUACUCUUACCUUUACUGCUUCGGCGCAAGAAGUAGACGUUUACCAACCAGAGGAGGGUUCAACGAUUUAUAAGCCGUUUUACGGAAAGGUCGCAUGGGAUUAUGACCCAUUUCUUCUUGACUCCGAAGUCUAUGUUUCAAUUUUGGGUUAUUAUUGUAAUUCAAGUCCAGGAACAGUACAAACAUGUUCAGCUCUUAUUCAAUCUUUUUGGAAUACAACUACA